UUCACACUUGUAAUGAGCUAAGGGCGUUGGCCAAGGCUGGCUGUGUUUCGAGAGAUGGGCUGACUCUGAAUGAUUGGCUCUUUUAUGAGCUAGAUAUGGUGGCAGGGCUGUUUCCUAGUCGAUUCGAAAGGCAAUCCUUCAGAAGGGUUGCCUUCAAGUUUCUCUCAUUCUCUCAUUACCUCCCUCUCUUCCUCUCUUACACCGUCUUGGCUCCAGGUCAGUUCUCCGUAUAUCGACUUCAGAAAUGGGUUCCUCGAUGAGAUGGCUCGCUGUGGCAGCUCUGGUAUCUUUCUCUCUUGACAAGACGAGUGCUUUCGAGUUUGAUCUACCACCUUCAGCACCAGAACCUACUUCACCGGCGAGACUUCGUGCUAUCCGUCAUGUACAUGCACGCGCAGACGCAACUACUGAGACUCUCAGCAUCACUGUCGCCCCAGACAACACUUGUGGUUUCUACACACCCAACACAUCUUUCUUCUUCACAUGUACUGGCGGUGUGAAGUGUAUGUACGAGAAUGACAAGUACAAUGUUGCCUUUUGUGGUGAGAGGGACUUCAAGACGGCUUGCAUGAACAGUGCCGAUGCUUUGAACCCGGAUAAGUGUGAUGUGGACUGUAGACGGAACACAAACAUUCAGAAAUGUACCGCCGAUACAAAGACGGAGUGUUACACCAUCUACUUCCCCAACAACAUCGAGAAGUACCCUUGCCAUACACAAUCGGGCUUCAGCAGCAUGAUCUUCCCAGAUGGUGUAAGCGACUUUGAACAGUCAACACUAAGCGUAGACGUCUUCCCAGCUCUGGCCACCACCGAAGCAUCAAGUGCUGAAGAAUCCACCACCGAAGCCUCAUCAAAGUCAACAUCUGCAGCAUCGACCACAACAGUCACAGGCGCACCACAAAACGACGAUGGUGAUGAGAACAAGGACGACAACGGUGGAAGCAGUACACCCGUAGGUGCUAUCGCUGGCGGUGUCGUGGGAGGCGUCGCUAUUCUCGUUGCCGUGGGCCUCAUCAUCUUCUUCAUCCGCCGACGAGACAACAAGAAGAAAGCAGCAGCUCAGCCAUUGAUGUCAGACCAAGCACAUACGCAGCCACAAAUGCCGUAUGGAAUGCCCCCUCAACAGCAACAACAACAGAUGCAUUCUUACCAGGAAUGGCACACUGGAUCACCGCCCCCUCAGGGCUGGCAAAACAGCCCUUCGCCUCCCAUCCUAGGAGGAGCUCCAGUGCUGGUUGAAGCUCCUGAUUCCAAUACUGCGCAGAUUCAUGAGAUGGGUGAUGGAACCGUCAAGUACAAAUAAGCAUACGAAAAAGGGAGGGCAUUGGUUUGGAUUGGUGGAAAGCGAUAGAAGGCGUUUUAAGUGCUUAUGUACUUGUAUCGUCCUGUGUUGGACUAGCUCAUAUUAAUGGCUGCGACUAGUUUCACUUUUG